AUGUUCCAUUACGUGACGUUCCGGCUUCUGUCAUCCACCCAUGCAGCUGGCAUCGAGACGCAGAUCAACGGUCAACGUGCGUCCCGCUCAUCGGACAACUUGAAGGAACCGUCAGGCGACUCUCGGUUGGCGUUUGACUUAGCGGAAUCGGGAUCUCGAGGAGAAUCUCUGCUUGAGUCGCGCUCAGUGCGCGACGAGUCGCUGGUCGAGUCUCGGCUGGCGUGCGGCGAGGCAGUGCCGGCGGAAGUCGCGGAGACGAUACUGAAGGACGAGGUCGUUCGCCGGCUUGAUGAGCUGGGAAACGUCAGCGACUCGGCGCAUUACUUGCAGCGCACGUUUCUCAGCGGCGCGUCGAUGCGAGCCGCGGCGCUCGUCAGCGAUUGGAUGGAGGAGGCCGGCAUGUACACGUGGAUGGACGCGGUUGGCAACGUGCACGGCCGCGUCGACGGACCACACCCCGACGCGCCUGUGCUACUUCUCGGCUCUCAUCUGGACACGGUGGUGGACGCCGGUCGGUUCGACGGGGCACUCGGCGUGGUAACGGCCAUUGCUGCGGUUAAGCUCUUCCUCGCAGCGUGUGGCCCGGCGGCGCUGCCUCGCCCCGUGGAGAUCAUCGCCUUCAGCGACGAGGAGGGCAUGCGAUUCCAGUCGACCUUCUUGGGCAGCAGAGCCAUCGCAGGGACGCUCUCGCCUGCCAUGCUGCAGAUGAAGGACAGCCAUGGUGUGACUAUACAAGAAGCCAUCGAGUCACUUCCAGCAGCAGCAGCAGCAGCAGCAACAGCAGCAGCAACAGCAGCAGCAGCAGCAGCAGCAGCUGGAGGGUCGAAAGGCCUCAUGACAGCUCGAUACCUCCCUGAGAACGUAUGGGGCUACGUGGAAGCUCACUUAGAGCAGGGCCCGGUCUUGGAAUCCCUAGGGCAGCCGCUGGGGGUGGUGCUGGGGAUAGCAGGGCAGACGCGGGCGGAGGUGACUAUAGAGGGCGAGCAGGGGCACGCGGGGACUGUGCCUAUGAGGUUGCGGAGGGAUGCUGUUGCUGGUGCUGCUGCUGCUGUGGUGGCUGUGGAGUCGGUGUGCUUGGAGGUGUUGAGAGAGCAGGAGGAGGAGGAGCGGGAGGAGGGGGGGGUGAUGGUAGGCCGAGUGGCGUUCACUGUGGACGUGCGGGCACAGAGCAACGGUGUGAGGCACGCUGCUGUAGAGGCGAUCGAAAGGGAGAUUCAGCGCAUCUGCAGCGAGCGAGGGCUGUCGUGCAAAUUUGCAGUGAAGCAUCAAGCUGGCACAGUGGACUGCUCGCCUCCCCUCGUCUCCAUGAUUCACGAGGCAGCAGCCAGCGCGCUCGCUGCUUCGCAUUAUUCAACUCUCAGCAGCGCCCUCACUGCCUCACACCACACUCCAGUAGCUUCUGCUGCUGCUGGCCCUGACGCUGCCACUGCACCUGACGCUGCUGGUGGGCUGCAACCUAUACUUGACAACGAUUCUGCUGGUGUGGGGCACACGGGCAGCACGGGCGGCAAGGGCGGCAAGGGGAACAAGGGCGGCAAGGGGAACAAGGGCGGCAAGGGGAACAAGGGCGGCAAGGGGAACAAGGGCGGCAAGGGCGGCAAGGGGAACAAGGGCGGCAAGGGCGGCAAUUGCGGCAGGUUCCUCGGCUUGUCAGCGGGGCGGGCCAUGAUGCGAUGGCGAUGGCAGACCUUACUCAGGUGGCGAUGUUGUUUGUGCGAUGCCGAGGAGGCAUCAGUCAUCGGCCUGACGAGUAUGUAA